GUGCUGCAUAAAAAGAGGUGAAGUGUGUUCACGCCAGUUACUCCGAUGGAUUUGUCUUUCGAUGAGGAUGACUUUUUGUGCAUUCCUCUGAUGUUUCAGAGCUUUGAUUCCUUUGAAGACGCGCUGAAAUAUGAAGAGAUCGCUCAUGCACGCCAUCCUGCUAGUCCCAGGGCUCAACAUGUAGCGUCGCCUGCUGUCACACCUGCUCACACCGUUUCUCCCACGCCGGGCGCUCCUUCGACUUCUCCCUUGACUUCACCCUCUGCGGUUCAUCCGAACACAGAGGUGGCAACUAUAAGCCCUGCAAAGACCGCUGCGAAGCUAUCCACGGCAGCGGCGAUUACGACGACAGGAUCGGAGCGGCGUCGGCCUGUGCACCCCCGAUCACAAUCAUCAUCGUCCCUGCAUCCGUCUGGGCCUUCCCUACUCGUGCGCGUGGAAUCGCACAGGACGCCCGGCCCUGCAGGGCCCAUGAUGGACGAUGUGGGCCGAUACCCGAUGCACGGAGAGCUACAUACCGCACUUGGGACCAUCGGCAGUGACAUUUUUAACGCGGGCUACAUGUCCGCAAAUCUUGUCGUUGGAAAUCGAGGCAACAGAAACAGGCCGCCCGUUGUAAUCCCUGUUUUACUUGACCUCGGCUCAUCAUCCACAUUUUUCUUCAAUGCGGGGUGCAAAAUCGAAGGCGGGAAAGAACUGAUCAGUCUUUCCGGGAUGAAUCCACUUGUAAAUUACUCUGUGGAUUACACAGACAACGGCGCAGACGUUUCGCAUGAAUACGAGCAGUCAGGCCUCGAAGUUAAUUUUUACAACGAUGAAUGGGCGAAAUACUUCGCAAUAAGGGACCAGUUCUUUUUCCCCCCUUUGAAUUGUCGCGAUCUCCUCAAAGAUCGCAGUCUGACGCCCUUCCAAGCUUUCCACCAUUGGACAACAAUGCACUUUGGAUCGGCCUACAACGUAUCAGCUAAUUUGCACGGUCAAUCCGUCCACGUUUCCGGCGCCCUUGGACUGGGACCUGAUAUCGUUAAAGAGGUGCCGCACACAGUGCCGAAACCAAGGCUUCCGUCAUUCCUAGAACAGCUUAAAAGAGCCAUUUCAGACUGCGUGAUGACCGUCAUAUUCGGCGAACAGCAUGGCGCGGUAUACUUUGGGCCAAGACCCAUGCUAGGGCGUUCUCGGGACCAUCCUGGCGAACACCUUGGUUCUUGGUUCUCCGAUAUCCCAGUACUGCCUGGUGCCCAGUUCUGGCAGAUCUUCGGUGCACUGCGGCAAGUGAACGGCAUCGACUAUUCAUCGCUUGAGUCGAAGAUUCUUUUUGACAAUGGAUGCAAUUGUUCAUAUUUUGGGAAAGCAUUCGUCAAGGCCAUCUACGAUGCAAUCAGCAAGGAUUGUAUACGUGACGAACGCGGCCGUUGGCCAUUAUGGCUCAUUCCUGACACGGUCCAAUCCGUUGACCUCAAAAUCAAGAUCGGCCUUGGAGAUAACAUAGACUCGGCUUCAGUGUUCUACCCCCAGAUACUACACAUCGGUACAAUCACCUCGGUGCUGAUAGGAGGGCAAAUGCGCAAUUUUCACGUCGGCGCGUUUCAGGAGAAGCACAACGAAACUGAUUGUGACAUUUUGGGAUUGGUUAGACAAAUUCCCUCCGCUUCUCGUGUUCUGAGUUCUAGACAGACGUGUCUGAUGAGCCUGCAACUUGUCUUCAAGUUCCCCCGAGAGGACCGGCGAUCGGUCUCAUGGAGGGAGAAAUCUUGGAACUCAUCUUUGGGAAUGCCUGAUUUGAUGACACUCAACCCAGAGGAAACGGCGUUUCUGAGGUAUGGCCGGGCCGGAUAGUUACGCGCGCUGCUCGGUACAAUACAUCACAAGUUGACAUGUUACCUUUCAAAAAAAAACACUCUCGGAACUAA